AUGUGUCUACGGCAAGAUCCGCACAGUCCCAGAAUGGCGCGCUUCGAGGAGGAGGUGUCCGGCCGUUACGCGGCCGCAGCCGGCGGGGGGAGCGCGGGCCCGGCCAGGGGCCCUCCGGGGGCCCCGAGGAUGUACAAGCAGAGCAUGGCCCAGAGGGCUCGGACCAUGGCGAUCUACAACCCCAUCCCCGUCAAGCAGAGCUGCCUCACCGUCAACCGCUCCCUCUUCAUCUUCAGCGAGGAUAACGUUAUUCGGAAAUACGCCAAAAAGAUCACAGAGUGGCCAUAUCCUUACAGAUACAUGAUCCUGGCUACCAUCAUUGCGAACUGUAUAGUGCUGGCCUUGGAGCAACAUCUCCCGGCAUCCGACAAAACGCCGAUGUCGGAACGUUUGGACGACACUGAGCCCUACUUUAUUGGAAUAUUUUGUUUUGAGGCGGGCAUCAAGAUCAUUGCCCUGGGCUUUGCAUUUCACAAAGGCUCCUACCUGCGAAAUGGCUGGAAUGUAAUGGACUUUGUGGUGGUCUUAACAGGGAUCCUGGCCACCGUGGGGGCUGACUUUGAUCUGAGAACACUGAGGGCAGUUAGAGUACUGAGACCCCUAAAACUGGUCUCCGGCAUUCCAAGUCUCCAAGUGGUUUUAAAAUCCAUCAUGAAAGCUAUGGUACCUUUGCUACAGAUCGGCCUGCUUCUCUUCUUUGCCAUCCUCAUGUUUGCCAUUAUUGGCCUUGAUUUCUACAUGGGAAAAUUCCAUCGAACAUGUUUCAGGACAGACACAAAUGAGCUGGCAGCAGAUUUUCCUUGUGGCCUGGAGGCUCCAGCAAGGACCUGUGGCAACGGCACUAUCUGUAGGGAAUACUGGAUUGGACCCAACUUUGGUAUCACCAAUUUUGACAACAUCCUUUUCGCUAUUCUCACUGUUUUCCAGUGCAUCACAAUGGAAGGAUGGGUGGACAUCCUCUACAAUGCAAAUGAUGCUUCAGGGAACACUUGGAAUUGGCUGUACUUCAUCCCCCUCAUCAUCAUUGGCUCCUUCUUCAUGCUCAAUCUGGUUCUAGGCGUUCUGUCAGGGGAGUUUGCAAAGGAGAGGGAACGUGUGGAGAAGAGGCAAGAAUUCCUAAAACUCCGUCGACAACAGCAAAUCGAAAGAGAAUUAACAGGUUAUUUGGAAUGGAUAUGCAAAGCAGAGGAGGUUAUGCUGGCUGAGGAGGAUGAGAAUGCAGAAGAGAAAUCAUUGGAUGGAGCAUGGUACAAAAGGAAGCCCAACAACUCUGUGCUGAAAAGGACUAAGAGGAGUAAAAAUGACCUCAUCAGUACAGAAGAAGGGGAGGACCACUUCACAGAUAUCUCGUCUGUUGGGUCACCGUUUGCCCGGGGUAGUGUGAAAAGCAAGAACGAGAGCUCGUCGUACUUGAAGAGGAAAGAGAAGAGGAUUCGUUUUACCAUCCGCCAUUUAGUCAAGUCCCAGAGCUUCUACUGGAUUGUAUUGUGUCUUGUCGGCCUCAACACAUUGUGUGUUGCCAUAGUACACUAUGACCAGCCAGAGUGGCUAACUUAUGCAUUAUACUUGGCAGAGUUUGUGUUUUUGGGCCUGUUCUUGGCUGAGAUGUCCAUAAAGAUGUAUGGCCUUGGACCCCAGAACUACUUUCACUCUUCUUUCAACUGUUUUGACUUUGGGGUCAUUAUCGGCAGUAUAUUUGAGGUCAUCUGGGCAGCAAUCAAACCUGGAGCCUCUUUUGGUAUAAGUGUCCUGCGAGCACUGAGACUACUGAGAAUCUUCAAAGUCACAAAGUACUGGAAUUCUUUGAGGAACUUGGUGGUGUCCUUGCUCAACUCCAUGAAGUCCAUCAUCAGCCUGUUGUUCCUGCUCUUUCUCUUCAUCGUGGUCUUUGCUUUGCUUGGCAUGCAGCUGUUUGGUGGCCAGUUUAAUUUUGAAGAUGAAACACCAACAACCAACUUUGACACGUUUCCAGCAGCCAUUCUCACAGUUUUCCAGAUCCUAACUGGUGAGGACUGGAAUGCAGUAAUGUACCACGGAAUCGAAUCACAAGGGGGUGUUCGCGGGGGAAUGUUCUCUUCCAUUUAUUUCAUUGUCCUCACCCUCUUUGGAAAUUACACUCUCCUAAAUGUAUUCUUGGCCAUUGCUGUGGAUAAUCUUGCAAAUGCCCAGGAGCUCACAAAGGAUGAAGAAGAACAGGAGGAGGCCAUCAAUAAGAAGCUAGCACUCCAGAAAGCCAACGAGGUAAAGGAGGUCAGCCCGAUGUCCGCAGCUAACAUUUCCAUCACUGCGAGUUAUGUCUUCACCCCAGUCCAUCACUACCUGAGUAAGGAGCAGCAGAGGUCCGUGAAGACUAUGUCUGUGUGGGAGCAGAGAGCCAACCAGCUGAGGAGGCAGAAUCAGGCAAGCUGCGAAGCGAUAUACAGCGUUCUUGAGCCUGAGAGCGUCAUCAUGUCCUCGACCCUUCACUUAAGGCCCGACAUUAAAACCCACUUAGACCGGCCGCUAGUGGUCGAACCCUGUGACGGCCAGCAGCAUCACCACCACAAGCCCUGCCCGUCAGAGGAAGCUGAGACCGCCGCUCGCUCACAUUCUGUUUAUCACCAUCAGCACCGCCACAGAAACAAAGAUCGGGUCAAGAGAAAAGACGAGACCGACGACAACUGCGACACUGGUAAGGAUGGGAGACACCACGUCCAUCAUAACCGCUCCAAAGACCAAAAUUGCAGCCCGGGCAGAGACGAGAGGUGCGGGAGGUCCCGCAGCAGAGAGGGCGCCGGGAGACAUUACCAGAGUUCGGUAAAGGACCCCGAACGUGGCAGAGUCCCAACUGAGAAGGAGCACCACCAUCACCAUUCGCAUAGGCGAGAGGGGAAUAGGACAGUGAACAGCAGAGAAAGGGGAGAGCGAAGAUCCCGCCCAAAAGAUGCAAGCAACUGCAGAGCAGGAGAUGGCGCCGCCAAUGGAGAGAAGAGGAGGCAUCAUGUUAAUGCGCCGAGGAGCAAAUCCAAAACCGAAGAAGAGGAAUCCAAUGGAGGAGAGAAAAUUGGCUGUCACAGGUUUGGUGACUCAGAAGGGGAGUUCUCAGCCAUCUCCCCUAAGCAGGCCUCAGAAAAGACAGGUCAGCCAAAUGACCGUCUGGAGGACUCAGACAACCAGAGGAAUGUGAGACGAACCGGCCCAGCCUCUAUGCACCUCCCACCUGUGACAAUAACCUCUCCACCUAGAGACAACACCCUAAUACAAAUGAACAGUACUGACUGUGAAAUGAUACCCAUGAAUAAGAAAACUUUACUGGAUCUAUGUCAGAGUGGACCAAAACCCAUCCUGCCAUACAGUUCCAUGUUUAUCUUUGGACAGACCAACUCGUUUAGGCGGUUAUGUCACUAUGUUGUAACUCUGCGAUAUUUUGAGAUGUCCAUUCUGGUCGUCAUUGCAAUGAGCAGCAUUGCUCUUGCAGCAGAGGACCCCGUCUGGACAAAUGCUCCUCGCAACAAUGUGAGACAAACAGCUGUGUUUGACUGUGUGGUCAACUCUUUGAAGAACGUACUGAACAUCCUCAUUGUUUACAUCCUCUUCAUGUUUAUAUUUGCCGUGAUCGCGGUUCAGCUUUUCAAGGGAAAAUUUUUCUAUUGCACUGAUGAGUCCAAGGGCCUGGAAAAAGACUGCAAAGGGCAAUUCCUAGACUAUGAAAAAGAUGACGUGGCAGCCAUGCCAAGAGAGUGGAGGAAAUAUGAGUUCCAUUAUGACAAUGUGCUAUGGGCCUUUCUGACUCUUUUUACGGUUUCUACUGGAGAGGGUUGGCCAACAGUUUUGAAGCACUCCGUGGAUGCUACUUUCGAAGACAAGGGUCCUAGUCCAGGCUAUCGGAUAGAAAUGUCCAUCUUCUACGUGGUCUACUUUGUAGUCUUCCCUUUCUUCUUUGUGAACAUUUUUGUCGCUUUAAUCAUUAUCACCUUCCAGGAGCAGGGGGACAAAGCUUUGUCGGAGUGCAGCUUGGAAAAGAAUGAGAGGGCUUGUAUUGACUUUGCCAUAAAUGCAAAGCCUUUGACACGCUACAUGCCUCAGAACACACAAUCCUUCCAAUACAGGAUGUGGAAAUUUGUUGUCUCGACUCCGUUUGAGUACUCUAUUAUGAUCAUGAUCGCUCUCAAUACCGUGGUGCUCAUGAUGAAGUUUCAUGGAGCUCCAGACUUUUACGAAGCUAUGCUAAAGAACCUCAACAUUGUGUUCACCAUUCUCUUCUCUCUUGAGUGCAUCCUUAAAAUCAUCGCGUUUGGUCCACUGAACUACUUAAAGGACGCCUGGAAUGUGUUUGACUUCGUGACAGUUUUGGGCAGCAUCACUGACAUCCUGGUGACUGAAAUAAAUGACAGGCUGCUGAAUUUGAGCUUCCUCAGGCUCUUCCGAGCUGCUCGACUCAUUAAACUGUUGAGGCAGGGCUACACCAUCCGCAUCCUGCUAUGGACCUUUGUCCAGUCCUUUAAGGCCCUGCCUUACGUUUGCCUGCUGAUUGCCAUGCUCUUCUUCAUCUAUGCUAUCAUUGGGAUGCAGGUAUUUGGCAACAUUGAGCUGAAUGAAGACACGGCUAUCAAUCACCACAAUAAUUUCCGCACUUUCCUUCAGGCUCUCAUGCUACUCUUCAGGAGUGCAACUGGAGAGGCCUGGCAUGAGAUCAUGUUAUCAUGUUUGAGUCAUCGAGUCUGUGACGAGCUGUCGGGGACUCAGGGGAAAGAGUGUGGCAGUGACUUUGCCUAUUUCUACUUUGUCUCCUUUAUAUUCCUCUGCUCCUUUCUGAUGUUGAACCUGUUUGUAGCUGUCAUAAUGGAUAACUUUGAGUACCUCACCAGAGACUCCUCCAUCCUGGGACCUCAUCACCUGGAUGAGUUCAUCCGAGUUUGGGCUGAGUACGACCCAGCUGCUUGCGGACGGAUUUCCUAUAAGGAUAUGUACAAUUUGUUACGUGUUAUCUCACCUCCCCUUGGCUUAGGGAAGAACUGCCCUAAUAGGGUAGCAUACAAGCGCCUUGUGAAAAUGAACAUGCCUAUAGAUGAUGACAACACGGUUCACUUUACCUCCACCCUGAUGGCCCUGAUUCGCACUGCGCUGGAGAUAAAGCUGGCCUCAGGAAUUGUAGCCCAGCGAAUUUUGGAUGCUGAGUUAAAGAAGGAGUUGUCAACAGUAUGGUCAAACCUCUCUCAAAAGACCAUGGAUCUAUUAGUGACACCACACAAAUCCAAUGAGCUGACUGUUGGAAAGGUUUAUGCGGCUCUGAUGAUCUUUGAUUACUAUAAGCAGAAUCGGGCAUUGAAGUUGCAGCUGCAGCAACAGCAGACCGGUUCAGGCUCCAAGUUCAAGGUUGGGGCUCUUUUUAAGCCAUUGCUGCCUCUGCCUCAAAUACAGGAGAAAGAUCUGGUAAAUAGAGGGGAUCCCCCCAGCAUGCCUCAGCCACAGGUCAUGUCCCCUGCCAAGUCCCAGCUGUUUAACAGACCCAGCUCCAACUCCCUCAACAAUGGAGGCACACUGUUAGGUUAUGACCAAAAGAUGAAGCCGUCCUCUUCCUGGUUGAUGGAGAAGCCCAAGGAAGUUCCGCAUACUAAGACUGGGAGAACAUUGCCCAGGGGUCCAUCAGAGGCUACACCAGACCCUGUGGUUUUUCAGGAGUCAGUAGAGAUGAAGAACAUCGAGACCAGUCAUACUGUCCCUGUCCCUGACUCAAGUCUGGAAAGCAAGGGCAGAGCUGCUUCUCUGCCUCGACUUAGUGCCAAACUACAGUCCAUCCCUAACACCAGUCCUAUGAAGCGCUCAGCGUCCACUGUGGCCCCACAGCGACCCCAUGAGGUCAAUAUACGAGACCGCACCGUGGAGAAGCCCCAUCAAGAGCGGACGCAUCACCAUCACCACCAUCACCGUUGCCACCACCACAGAGACAGAGACAGAGAUAAUGACCGAGAAAAAGAGAAGAGGCAGAGGUCUCUGGACACACCUUUGGGUUCUCAACUCACUGGCUGUGCUGUUUUACGAAAAGAGCUAGCGUCUGACCCCGAUGCUUCAAGAGAACGGGCCUCCCGAAACCGAGGGCGUUCCCACGAGCGGAAACACCACCGUUCGUCGGCAGAAAAGCAGCGUUACUACUCCUGUGACCGCUACUGUAGCCGGGAACACUGCUACACCAAAUCUGCCACCACCAGCUGUGCUGCCUCUCCUACUGAGGGACAGGGACCCGGCGUCACGCAGACCCCGCCCGUCCCGCGCCCCGGGGUGCUGUACAAGACAGCAAACGGUUCCCACCCCGUCCCCAUUACUCGCAUCCGCUCCGAGCCCUUUCUGGGCCCGGGCCAGGGCCACGGGGGGGCCAUGUGCAGCUCGUACAGCUGCCUGCGAGGCCAAUCGGAUUUCUUCCAGGACGCAGCACCUGGACGUCCUGACCGCAGUGCUGGGCGUUCGUCUCGGACCGCAGUGCCUCACACGACGGGAGCCCUACUUCCGGCCAUUGGCGUGGAAUUCGGCGAGCCCAAUGGGUAUCACUUCAGUUUCGGGAAUAGCAUGACCAAGCUCUGGCACCAGGGCGCCGAGGUACCGGAGGGUAGAGAAGAAUGA